AUGGUGCGCGUGAAGGCAUAUGAGCUACGCAACAAGACCUCCAAGGAGCUGCUGAAGGAGUUGGACGACAUGAAGGCUGAGUUGGCCCAGCUGCGUGUCUCGAAGGUGUCGGGCGGCGCUGCUUCCAAGCUGGCAAAGAUCAAGACCGUUCGCAAGGCCAUCGCCAGGAUCCUGACCGUGUACAACCAGAAGCAGAAGGCAGAGGCCAGGAAGCAGUAUGCCGGCAAGAAGUAUGUGCCGCUGGAUCUGCGACCGAAGAAGACCCGCAAGAUCCGUCGUGCCCUCAAGAAGGAGCAGAUCUAUGCAAAGACCUCCCGCACCAAGACUCGCGAGCAGAACUUCCCCAUGUGGUUCUUGCUUCUGCGUUUUUGGUGGCAGUACUUGCAUGUGGAAUGGCGGAAGGUGAAGAUGUGGCAGGCAGACCGGUAUCACUGGCAGAGCAAGGACUUCGACGAAGCUUUGGUUUCCGCCAAAAAAGCAGCAUCCCUGUUCGAGCGCUGUGGCCUAGCCGACGAGGAAAUUCGCGAGAGCCAGCUGACGAGCAUCAACACCCAGGCGUUUGCCCUGGCACAGCUCGGAAAAUUCACGGAGGCGCUCCGUUAUCUCGAGGAGCAGCUGAAGCAGUUUCGGGCAGCCAAAGACAGAAGAGGAGAAGGAUGGACGCUGCUCAUCAGCGCGCAGCUUCUGCAGGCCCAAGGCCGUCUCGAGCCGGCUUUGGGCGCCCUCGCCGCUGCGGCGCCGAAGUUGGCGGCGGCCGGGGAUCCGCGCGAGGCGAAGGCAUGGCAUCUCAGUACUCAGAUCCAUAUGGAGCGGAAGGACCUCUCCAAGGCGUUGGCGGCAACGGAGAUGUCAGCGCUGGCUUACCGGAAGGCUGGAGACAAGCGCGGAAGAGCGCAGAUCGCAGCGCUUAUGGCAGAGAUCCAGUUCCUCCUUUGCGGUGUCGAGAAAGCGCGGGAGGGCAGUUUGGAGGAUGCGAGGCGUGCAGCGAAGGAGGCCGUUGCGCUCUUCCAAGACAUCCGGGAAAGAAGUGUUGAGCUGGGCUACUGUUUGCACUGCCUUGCAAACAUCAACCUGGCACUACAUGACUGGGAAGCCGCUCUGCAUGCUGCCGAGGAGGCGCUGGACGUGUUCAGGGCGCUGCAGGAACCCAAGCUGGAAACCACUGCUUUGCUCCUCGAGUCCGCUGCGUACCUGGGGCUGCAGGACUUCGAACAGAGCAGGCGUCGGGCAAACGAGGCCAAGGAGAUUUACGAAGCAGCUGGAGCAGGUGCAGGUGCCGAUUCGGUCGACAAUUGGCUCCAGAGCAUCGAGAAGUAUGCGAAAGGUGAACUCAAGAUUCGCAGCUUUCACGGCUUCUCCAUGCGCCGCACAUACGGCACGCCUGUAGCUGCGCAGCCGGAGCAACACCAAAGUUUCAAGCCCCCGCGGCGAAUAGGCAACAUCAACGACAUUGAAAUCAUCACUGCAGAUGACUCCAAGGCCACGCGAACCACCAUCAUCGUCUACCAGGGCUUGGAGCACCGAAGUGCUGGAGGGGGAGCUCCGGGGCCUCCGGCAAAGAGGGUGCAUGUUCCUGAGCUGGAAGCGUUGGGGCCCGAGACGACGGAGGAAGAUCGACGAAGAUUUCAGGCCAGCCCGUUCAUGCAAAGAAUGCGGGAGAUUGAUGAGAAAGCCUGGCAGCAGUUCAGUGAGAGGGACAAGAAGCGGUCCCAGACAGAUCCAAGUUUCAGCCCCAAAGACACAGAUUUCGAAGCGCCGAAGUCCUUCAAGUAUGACAAGUCGGUGAACUACUACAAGACUCUCGGUAUCGAGGAGUAUGCCACCAACGAUGAGAUUAAGAAAGCCUAUCGGAAGCUGUCGCUCAACUACCAUCCCGAUAAGCAGACCAACAAGACUCAAGAGGAGAAGGACGAAGCAGCAGCCAUCUUCAUGGAGAUCAAGAAUGCGUACAAGCUCCUGGCCGAUGAUCCGACCCGGCGUCAGUAUGACUUCGAACGUGAUCGCGACAACGUGAGCGCGCAGAGCCAUGGGAAGAAGCCCCAGGAGAAGAAUGGCUUCGACGCUGGGGAGGCUCUGCAACGGAUGAUGGCAAAAGCCAAGGAGAACAAAAAGCUUCCAAGUGAGAUCAUCACGGUGCCAGUGCAUUGCAGGAUAGAGAAGUUCGUCUUCGGUGGUCAAAAAACCUUGAAGCGCACGAGGCUCGUGAAGGACAAGAGCUACGGUGGUUUCAACGAGGAAGUGAAGAGCUUUCGAAUCGAUUUGCCAGCUGGAGUGGAGCAGCCCUGGAGUGUGGACUUCCGGAGGCAGGGUGACCAGCAUGAGGGACGAGAGGCUGACACGAUCCGCUUUCUGUUCUCGGCGAAGCCGCACUUAUGGUUGGAUCGAGAUGGCCAGGAUAUCAAACUGAGGGAAGCGAUCCAGUUGGGUGCGUCCAUGCGAUCCGAGGCUUACUUGUCUGCUUCCAUCGCACCCUUUUCGGGUCGCCAGGUCUUCAUCUGGGGUCGCAAUCCGUUCCAUGGAUCCACUGCGGUGGCCGAGGAAGGGCAGUUGGCUGUGCAGCUGCACGGCCUCGGCUUGGGCCCGAAGGGAGCCUUGGCUUUGCUUUUGAAGCUGGGGAUGGGAACCAGGCGCGACAGCCAUCGCUUGCACGUGCCGCCGGGGCCCCCGGCCGGGCGCCGACAGUUCCUGGAGCGCUUCGGCCUCGCCCCCUCCGCCGGCUUCAGCGAGCCGCUUCCAGAGCCAGGUGCCGGAAGCAUGCUGCGGACCCUCCUGGAGCGACGCCAGUCCAGGAGAGAGAUGCACGACAAGCUCACUGCGGACAUCGAGUUGAGGCCAAUCGGACAAGCCAUCCGGCUCUUCACCAAGCCACCGAGCACUCUCACUUUUUUGGCUAGCACAGCUCCAAAGUAUGAGCUUUUUGCAGUGAGCCUCGACUGUCCCGCAUGCGGCAAGAAGAAGGCUUCGGCAGAUUGGGACCGGCUGAAGGCCCGCUUGACAACGGUGCUGCAAGAGACAGCCUUUAUCCUUCUCGCGCAGGCGCGCAGUGUGCGACCCCGGUCUCUGCUGGCUAAGCCGAUCUUUGAUGAUAGGAUCGCGCUCUCAAGGGCUGAUCGCCCCAUGCCGUGGAAGAACAUGGGCGAUCAGGCUUUCAAGCAGGGGAGCUACUGGAUUGCGUGUGCUGUCUAUGCAAAGCGGCUUGAGGAGUUGCGAAUCGCGGUUCAUGUGCAGACGGAUGAUGAUGCAGAGGAGGAGGAGGAGGAGACGUGUGAAGAGGAGGUGAUCGAUGUGAGCGGACAGCGCGGCCCAGACCUGGUGCCAGAAGCCGCGAAAGUUCUCUCCAACCGGGCGGCUUGUCUCAUCAAGGUGCAGGACUACCUGGCGGCCGUGGCCCAUGCGAGGAAGGCUGCCGCCUUGGCUCCACGCUGGGCUCGGGCCUGGAGUCGCUUGGGCCAAGCGGCCUGGGAGCUCGGGGACAAGUUCCGUGCCGAGGCCGCGCAAGCCUACGCCAAGUCGGUGGAGAUGGACCCGCUGCCCUCCACCGUCCAAGCGCUGCAGAGCAGCGUCUCCCAGUUGCAGGGCCCGAAUCCGGAUGCGUCGCACGCUGCCAAGGAGAAGGGGAACGAGGCCAUCCGCUCGGGUCAGAUUGGUCUUGGCAUUGCCCUCUACACGCAAGGCAUCGCUCAGCUCCCAGUGCCAACGUCAGAGGAUCGGUCGAAUUCCGACGCGAAGCCCGACGAGCACGCGCUGCUUCGGGGAGUGCUCUUCACGAACCGCUCGGCGGCCUUCUCUCGUGUGCGAAGCUGGGAUGCCGCGGUCAAGGAUGCGAAGGAGGCAGUGGCAGCACAGCCAGGCUUGUCCAGUGCUCACUCCCAGCUCGGAGUUGCAUUGCUAGGAAGUGGCUUCCAUCAGGAGGCUUACGUCCAAUUCGCACGGGGAUUCCAGUUGGAUUCAGAGCACAAGCCUUCCAUCAAAGGCCGCAACACCUGCCUCAAGGAGAUGGUGGCCUGGAAGUCGGCCUCUGCCACUGCACGAUACCAGAACCGUUUCUGGCUGGACCUGCGUAGACCAAAGGGUUCGACGAGGAUUUUCGCAAUCUCCGACCUGCACUUCGAUCAGAAAUGCAACGAGGACUGGGCCCAUGCGAUCGAUGACAUAGCCUUCCUGGACGAUGUCCUCAUUGUUGCUGGCAACGUGGCUGACACGAAGGUCGGGAUGGCACGGGCGCUCACCACACUCAAGUCCAAGUUCCGGAGAGUCUUCUACACAGUUGGUAACCACGAAAUGCAAAUCGCGACCUCGGAGUUUGCACGUUAUCCUGACUCUAUCGCGAAGCUUUCUGACAUUUUCAGUACAUGCGACGAGUUGGGAAUUGAUGUUUUCCCUGCCCCGGUGUGCGAAGGGGUUCUAGUGGUGCCGCUCCUUUCCUGGUGCAGUGCCGAAUUCGACCAUGAAGAUCCGUUUCCGGAUCCGAACUCCAACUUCAAUCGUCGCUGCUCGUGGCCCAUGGAUCCAGACUUGCAGGUCUGGAAGUAUAUGAUGAAGUUGAACGAAUCCUUCCUUAGCUUCCAAGGCUAUGAGACCGUGAUUACGUUCUCCCACUUCCUCCCACGACAGGGCCUGCCUUUUGACAAGACCAGGAAGAAUGCUGUGAAGGCUGUAGGCUGUGAUAUGAUUGACGAGCAAGCAAGGGCACUCAAGAGCAAGAUGCAUGUCUACGGUCACGGACGCGUGAGAUAUGCUCAGAUGCACUCGGGUGUGCGGUACGUCAGUCCACCUAUCGGUUUCGAAGCGGAUUGGCCGAAGGACCACCCUCCGCGCCUCAUGCUGGUACAUACCGGGAAGAGCCUCUGCAUGCAAGAGUGGGGAGCAGACGAUGAGCCUCCCUUAGGGUAUGUCAAGCGGCUUCUGAAUUUGAGUUUUUACACCAUGCCCGGUUUGCGUGAGAGUGAGCUUCGGAAGCUCCAAAACACAGUGCAGAGGCACAACUCCUUCACGGGGAUUGCAUGCUCUUUUGACCGCCUUGGCAGCAAAAACCAGGACAAAGAAGCACUGUCAAAGGAUGCGUUCCCAGACUUUGCACAGUUGAGCAAGGAUGCCACGCAUGUCAUGAUCACGGUUGCAGACUGUCUGGACAACCUGAAGGACCUCUGGAAGAGUGAUGCUUUUGCGAAGGACUGGCCUGCCGCGAUUGCACCCCACGCACGCAACACGGUAUCUUUCACCACACCACUCGGAUUGGACCUUGUCCAUGCGAAGAAGCGAGACCCGAUGCUCAUCGUAUACGGCUUACGGUUGAGCGAAGCGGUCAAGGAAGAUGGUGACGAUUAUGGCAAAAUGCAGAAAGCAGUCGAGGCCAUCAACAAGCUUCCUGGCAUCGAUGGCAAGAUUGCAGUGUCCCUCCACCCUACGGGCUUCUCCCGAUUCUCGCACGGUGAGCUGUUGGAAGAGUUGGGUGAGAAAAGUGACAAGAGCUCCGGGCUUACUCAUUGCUUCACGGUGCUUGUGGAUGAGCCAGCCAGCUACAAGAUGCUUGCUCAAAGUAAGACCUUCGGAAAGUGGAAGUCUUCCUACGAGCCUUACCUGGUUGGUCGCGGUCCGAAUGUCAUGGCCUUCGCCCUGCCUCUGGAUAUCGCAGCAACGGCAUCAGCUCCCAAACCUCCCAAAGGGACGAAGGGAAGCAAUGGUUUUUCCAAGUCCAAGCGAUGA